ACAUUAACCAGUCAUCGCGGUACCGGGUAGGCAGUAUAGAGCCUCUACCUCAGCGCACUUUGCUGGUCCAGCUGUUGAUUCUGCCUGACUCAUCACAGAAGACGUACGCAACAAUGGACAGGAAGCUAGCCUCCUGGGGACAGAUGCUGUUGCGGCGCCGUGUCCUGGACUCGGCCCCAGAGGAGACGCGCUUUGCCCGCUGCCUGUCCACGCUGGACCUGGUGGCGCUAGGCGUCGGCGCCACGCUGGGUGCAGGCGUCUACGUGCUGGCGGGCGAGGUAGCGCGAGAGAAGGCGGGCCCAGCCAUCGUGCUGUGCUUCCUGAUCGCGGCACUCUCCUCCGUGCUGGCGGGUCUCUGCUAUGCCGAGUUCGGCGCCCGCGUACCCCGCACCGGCUCCGCCUACCUCUACAGCUACGUGACCGUGGGUGAGAUCUGGGCCUUCAUCACUGGAUGGAACCUCAUCCUCUCUUAUGUCAUUGGCACGGCUAGCGUGGCUCGAGCCUGGAGCUCCACCUUUGACAACCUGGUGGAGCAAAAGAUCUCCGUCUUCUUCACGGCCUCUAUGUCCAUCAGUGUCCCGGGGAACGUGUUGGCCAAAUACCCGGACCUCUUCGCCUUCUUCCUGGUUUUGCUGCUCACCGGUCUGCUGGCAUUUGGUGUGAGCGAGUCGGCCUUGGUGAACAAGGUGUUCACAGGGGUGAACCUGAUCGUGCUCAGUUUUGUCAUCAUCUCUGGCUUCGUCAAGGGCGACACCCACAAUUGGCAGCUCACGGCUGAGGAUUUCAACAGGACCAACAGCAGCGAACCCCCGCAGGAGACGUUUGGGGCUGGCGGCUUUGCUCCGUUUGGCUUCAGUGGGGUUCUCUCUGGUGCCGCUACCUGCUUCUACGCAUUUGUGGGCUUCGACUGCAUCGCAACUACCAGCGAGGAGGCGAAGAACCCCAUGCGCUCCAUCCCCAUCGGCAUCGUGGCCUCGCUGCUCAUCUGCUUCGUAGCCUACUUUGGCGUUUCGGCGGCCCUCACGCUCAUGAUGCCCUACUACCAGCUCAACACGCAGAGCCCGCUGCCCGAAGCCUUCAGCUACGUGGGCUGGGCGCCCGCGCGAUACAUCGUGGCCACCGGGUCGCUUUGCGCGCUCUCCACCAGUCUGCUGGGAUCCAUGUUUCCUAUGCCCCGGGUGAUCUACGCUAUGGCCGAGGAUGGACUCUUGUUCCGCUUCCUGUCUCGCAUGAACAAGAAGACGAAGACUCCACUGCUGGCUACCUUGGUCUCUGGCUUUGUGGCAGCUCUGAUGGCUUUCCUGUUUGACCUGGCUGCUCUGGUGGACUUGAUGUCCAUCGGCACCCUGCUGGCCUACACGCUGGUGGCUGUUUGCGUGCUCAUCCUGCGGUACCAACCCGGCAGCCUGGGCGCACACAGGCCCAGCGAGAAGCCGGAGGUGCUGACGGAAAGGGCACCUAUGACGCCGGGGGACAGCAGCGACGAGCUGGAGACGCUGCCUGUAAAGGAGAGAUUCUCCCUAAGGCUGCUGUUAGAGCCGGACUCUGAGUCACCCACUAAGACCUCGGGCCUCAUCGUUUACGUUGCCACAGCAGCCAUUUGUGUGUUCUUCACACUGCUGUGUGUAGUACUGGCCCUGUGCAGCAUAAUCAGCCAGCCUGCAUGGCUGAGCGUGUGUGGCCUUCUGGCCCUGCUCUCUGCCUUCUGCUUGCUGGUCAUCUGGAGGCAACCACAGAGCAAGGAGGCUCUCACCUUUAAGGUGCCCCUGCUUCCUGUUUUGCCACUGGUCAGCAUGUUUGUCAACAUCUACCUGAUGAUGCAGCUGGACUGGGCCACCUGGUGUCGCUUUGCUGUGUGGAUGAUCAUGGGGUUUGUCAUAUAUUUCACCUACGGGAUCUGGAACAGCUCAGAAGCUGUGAAGAACUCAACCAAGAGCCCAGAGGCCAUCCUUAGAGGCAAGAGCCCCAUCUACAUGGCUGGGGAUGAGAGCGAAGCAGAGGCGAUGGCCCCAUGACAGAGUCCCCUCCCAUACCACCCCUCCCCUCAAACCACCUGUACUCCCCACCCCAAGUCUCCCAGCAUAUAUCCUGUCCUGUGAUUUGACGACCCAGAGGUCAACAGGGUCAAACUGUGUCAUCUCCCCACAGGAUUGAGUGAAGAGUGUGCAUGACUGGGCUCACCUCUGUCGGUCUCUUUCUUUUUCUCUCUCCCUCUCAGACAAGCUGCAAGUGCGGGUCGUGUAGAAGUCUUAAGAAAUCGGUGUUGUUGCCAUUGGUUACACAGCGUGGUUCCCUCACGCACAGCGUUACGAUAGAGGUCACCCAUCCAUUUUAACAUCCAACUUCCCAAUGCCUCGUCCACAUUGUAGGCUAAAAAGCGGAGCUAGUCCUUCCAAUACCGUGCCACUGACCAGAGGUCUGGCCCAGUCCCCGACCCGCCCAUCUGGCCAGCCGCUCAAGCCCAGCACCCCUGCAUCCCGGUUGGACGGGUAAAGCUGAACUUGGUACCACAUCACAAGGGUGCGUGUACUUGUGGCCAGCAGGAGUUUCAGAACCUGGCAACUCCUGGGAGACAGAGAGUGUCAUACUCCCCCCCCCCCCCCCCCCGCUAACAGGGAUAGGAACGUCGAAAAACUUGACAAGCAUGAGCCAGCUCUUAUUUCUCAUUUUAUGAGAAAUAUUUGCUUACAUUUUUUUAAAUUUUUGAAUGUGUGCAAAUAGAUUUUGAGAAACAUCCUUCUGAAAAUACAUGAGAUACUUUCAUGUGUAUUUUGUAAUAUACAUAAAUAUUUAUGUAUGUGCAACAUUUGACAAGGGUCUACAGCUUUGUAGGACUAAUGAAACUUGUGUUAAUACCCCAGCUAUUCAUAACCUAUUAGACUGUCAUUAAAUAUGAGCCCUUCUUCCUUAUUUGUUGGUUUUGUGGCCAAAGACAAGUUUACCGUUUUUAUUCCUUUACUUGCCAUUAAAAGAAAAAAAAAGCUUGUGCACUUAAUGCACGGGUGUAGGCAGUACAUAUCACCUUGAAUGACCCGCAGCCACAGAGUGGAAGGUCGUGGGUUUGAUGGCACAGCGCAUUUUCCUUGUGAGUCUUUUGCUGUUCUAGUUCUGAACUACAGUUGACUCGCUUGUGGAUGUAAUAGCUGUUGUAUAAAGUACUGUGUUUAAUAUGGAAGUGUUUUGUUAAAUUCUGUAUAUUGUGAUUUUUUUUGGAGCAGAAUCUUAAGUUGAAUGUUACAGUGCAUGAAGUGGUGUUUAAAAUUUUUUUUUACUUAUAUACUUUUGGCCGGUUGGCCAGAAAAAUCAUUGACACUCUUAAGAACUUUUGCCAGAGUUUUGCUUAUAUUUAGUUUAUAUCUGUUUCUUUAUUUGCUUACUUUAAAAAAAAAAAAACCUUUGUAGUAUUGGCUCCCAUUGCUACUGUAGCAUUGUCACUGCAGGGGCAGAGUUUGGUCUUACGCCACCCCCAGCAGUGCUGGAAUGUGCUCUUAUCUGGCAGGUUCUGGAACAAACCUCAACUCAGAGUCGUAGGUCUUUGCUGGUGACUAGGCCAAAGGCAUAUUUAUUUAGGAUGGGGAUUUGCUUUGAACAGAAGCAGCCAUUGUUUUCACAAGGCAUGUUAGUGAUCCCCUUGCUCUGUCAUCGCCAAGGGCUCCAUGAGGUGAAGUCUGAAUGAUUGUUUUU